GCGGCUUUCGAACUCACGCUCGCUGACAUCGGCGGCGACGGCCCCGAGUGCGGCGCGGUGCCCUGGGACCCGAUGGGCUUCGCCGAGUACGGCAAGUUUGGCAGCCUGCCCGCCAAGCUCGCCUGGUACCGCCACGCCGAGAUCAAGCACGGCCGCGUGGCGAUGGCGGCGUUUGUGGGCUGGCUCGCGACUGCCAACGGCUACUUCUUCGACGGCUUUCUCUCGCGCGAGCUUGGCAUCAAGUUCGCGGACCUGGGCACCGACCCGCUCUCUGCGUGGGAGCAGAUGCCCGCCUCGGGCAAGGUGCAGAUGCUGCUCGCCGUCGGGGCGCUCGAGGUCGCGCAGGAGACGGUGGAGCCGCACUACCUCCGAGGAGGCGAGCCCGGCCGCUUCCCGCUCGUGCGCGACUCGGUCCUCGCCCCCUUCCGCCACCUUCGGCAGGAGAAACUCCUCUCCGAGCUCAAGAACGGGCGGCUCGCCAUGAUCGGAAUGGCGUCGCUCUACGCCGCUUCGGUCGUGCCCGACAGCGUCCCC